AUGGACAGUGGAUACAGCAAAAAUUACAACCCCUAUGGUGGUGCAGGUGGAGCUGGCGGAGCUGGCGGCGGCGGCGGCUUCAUGGCCGGCGGCGAGACCAACAGUCCUUCAGGAGGCAAGACUGGUGGUGAUAACAAGACACUCCGCCCUGUCACAAUCAAGCAGAUCAACGACGCAACCUGCCCAUACCCCGAGGCUCCUUUCCAAAUCGACUUCGCAGACGUCAACAAUGUGCUCUUCAUAGGCCGAGUCCGCAAUGUCAGCAAGCAGAGCACAAACAUUACAUAUAUUGUCGACGAUUAUUCAGGCAGAGUGGAAGUCAAGAAGUGGGUUGACGCGGCAUACAUGGACAUCGAUGAGACGAAGGGCGAUAUCCAGAAUCGUGUUUAUGUCCGCGUACUCGGCGCAAUCAAGUCUUUCGGCAAUAAGCGAUACAUUGCUGCCCACAGCAUCCAACCAGUAACCGACGUCAAUCAGUUCUAUUGCUCCAUGCUCGACGCUACGGCCGCGCACUUGUUCUUCACUCGUGGCCCCCCGGGUGGUGGCAGUGCCGGCAGUGCUGAUGGUGCGGCAGCGCAAGGAGGACAGGACUCCAAUGGACAGGACAGGAUCCUUGCUGGAGUGAGUCCCUUCGCGAGGGAUAUGUACAAUCUGCUGAAGGCGGAAUCAUCCCAGGAUGCCAAUGGUCUUCAUUUGCAGACAAUUGCAGCGAAGCUGGGGCUUCCUGCUAUGGAUGUUGGCAAGGCUGGUGAUGAGCUUCUCAACGCAGGUUUGAUUUUCUCUACGCUGGAUGAGCACACAUGGGCCAUCCUCGAUUAUUAG